AUGUUUAACUACCAUAAGACCAAUAUGGAAGGACAAAUUAUACUAACAAACAUGAGGCUUUUAGAAAUCAAUAGCAUGGCUAGCAGAGGUAAUAGCCCCGUAGGGGGUAAGAGAAGGGGAAGGCAUUUCCAGGUUGCUAAUCAUACGAUUGCAACGGACGACAUCAUGCCGAUACUAAGUCAGGGAGAGGAACACAUUUCCAGCCAUGAAAUCCUGGAUGUCAGUAGUGGUAAUGAGGAGGCGAUGGCCUUGGCAAAUCCGCCCGCAGUGAAGACAGGUUUUGAAUCUACAAGGCGAAGCACUAUUUCUAGUGGGCUUGCGGAAUCCGAUCUGGACGAACUUUUUUCCCCGCUGCACGAGCAGUUUUCGUCGUCAUUUAGCGAUGGCGAGGAUGGCAACGAGGAUGAUUUGGAGUUUCCGACAACAUCUCUUCCCAAGAGGUUUGUUCGUCAGUCGUGGAAGAACGAAUCUGCGACGAGUGAGCUCGGUGCAGGAAUAGGGGCAAGGCAGGAUGCACCGUAUCCGGUUUCAGAACAGGAAUGGGAACCUAUUUUCAACAACGAUGAUGUUGUUGUCAGUGACAACAAAGACUUUUGGAAGGAUAUUGAGAGUUCAGAUGCUACAGAUGAACCACCAUGUGUCAGCGAUGCAUGGGUAUGGAAUGAGCAUAACAUGAAUUCCAUGCCUCCCACAGCAGAAGAAGGUGUAGAUUGCUGCAAGGUGGACUCUCUGGAAGACUUUAUCGACAGCAAUAUUGUAUCAGAUUCCAACCAACUACCCGCUACAGAUUCUUUCCAAUAUAAAAUAAAAUGGCUAUCAUUUAGAGACGCAGAAGGCAAAUUAUCCUUGACGCAAGGUGAUUGCAACAAUCAGCAACGUGUUUAUAAGAGACGCACUAAAAAGAGAGUCAUACGAAGGAAGUCUGCUGUUGGUGAAAUGUUUUGUCCUGGUGUGGGCGUUGGCGAGUUUAUGAUACUGUAA